AUGGCUUCUCAUCUGAGAAGCAUAGCAAGAACCUGCCAGUGUUACUCAUUGCUACAUAAUACUUUUAGAUGUGUUAGUGUGGAGAAAAGCGGCUUGAGUAAUGAUACAUCAAGGAAGUGUCACCGUCGAGUUGUUGUGACAGGUAUUGGAAUAGUGUCCCCUCUUGGCGUUGGCACACAGCUGGCAUGGGAUCGACUCAUACUAGGAGAAAGUGGAAUAGUCACUCUUCAAGGGGAUGAAUAUAAAAAUAUCCCUUGCAGAGUAGCUGCUCGUGUCCCCAGAGGUCUUGCAGCAGGGGAUUUUAGUGAAGAAAAGUAUGUCUCAAGGUCAGAUUUAAAGGCAAUGUCAUCUGCCACGAUUAUGGCGUUAGCAGCUGCAGAGCAAGCGAUGAUCGAUUCACAAUGGAGUCCAAACUCUGAAGAGGAACAAGAGUCUACUGGGGUGGCGAUAGGCAUGGGAAUGGUGCCCCUUAAUGACAUCACAGAGACUGCCAUAUUAUUUCAAGCAAAAGGAUAUAACAAAGUCAGUCCCUUUUUUGUUCCAAGGAUAUUGAUCAAUAUGGCUGCUGGGCAAAUCAGUAUUAAAUACAAACUUAAAGGGCCAAAUCAUGCCGUAUCCACCGCUUGCACUACAGGAGCUCAUGCUAUUGGAGACUCAUUUCGAUUUAUCACCCAUGGGGAUGCUGAUGUUAUGGUGGCUGGUGGAGCAGAGUCCUGCAUCAGCCCAUUGUCACUUGCUGGAUUUUCAAGGGCUCGAGCACUCAGCACUAGCUUCAAUGCUACUCCUGACAAGGCUUGCCGACCUUUCCAUCCUGAAAGAGAAGGAUUUAUUAUGGGAGAAGGAGCAGCUGUGCUUAUACUAGAAGAAUAUCAACACGCUCUGGCAAGGAAUGCUAAAAUCUAUGCCGAAAUUUUGGGUUAUGGUUUGUCAGGCGACGCUUGUCACAUAACUGCUCCUAGUUCAGAGGGUGAUGGUGCAUUCAGGUGCAUGAAAGCAGCCAUCGCAGAUUCAGGGUUACAUAUUGAAGAUAUAUCCUACAUAAAUGCUCAUGCCACCUCUACUCCUCUUGGUGAUGCAGCUGAAAACAAAGCUAUCAAAAGACUUUUUAGAAACCAUGCUUAUUCAAUGGCAUAUCUGCAACCAAAGGUGCUACAGGACAUUUGCUGGGUGCAUCAGGUGCUAUUGAAGCAGCUUUUACGGUUCUGUCUUGCUAUCAUGGGAUCAUACCACCUACUCUGAACCUUGAUAGGACAGAACCGGAUUUUGACCUUAAUUAUACCCCUCUGAAAGCCCAACAGUGGAAGCCUGGAAAGAGAUGUGUAGCAUUAAGCAAUUCAUUUGGUUUUGGGGGAACCAAUGCCACACUUUGUUUUGGCAGUUUGUGA